CAAGGGAAGGUUCGUACAUUCGUGACCGUCCCUGGCAGCUGCCCAGCCCGGGACUUGGCGCUUCACUCGCCAUUGGCCAGUCCUAGGCGUGACGCGCAGGGGGGCGGGGCCUCAUCAGCUGUUUGCGGGAUGCCCCGAGCGGGCGUAUUUUGGAAACAAUACCGCACCGUGCGGAGUGGCCUCCUCCCGUCCCGGCCCGCGCCCGCUAUCGCCGCCGCCCCUGCCUGCGCCUCCCGCCUCCUGCCGCAGCCCGCUGGGCUUUUUCCCUCCUUCCCAGUCGAGUCUGGGCUAAGCCCCCGAGUGCUCGUCACGCUGGACCCUGGCGCGGAGCCCUGGCAUCACGACUCGGAGGCUGAAACUCUCUCCUGGAGUCACCCAGGAGAGAUGGAGCCAUCUCGGUGUGUGGAGGAGCUGGAGGAUGAUGUGUUCCAGCCGGAGGACGGGGAGCCGGGGGCCCAACCCGGGAGCUCGCUCUCUGCCGAUCUGUUUGCCCAGAGCCUACUUGACUGCCCCCUCAGCCGACUUCAGCUCUUCCCUCUCACCCACUGCUGUGGCCCUGGCCUUCGACCCACCAGCCAGGAAGACAAGGCCACCCAGACCCUCGGCCCAGCCUCCCCCAGCCAAGGUGUCAUGCUGCCUUGUGGGGUAACUGAGGAACCCCAGCGACUCUUUUACGGCAAUGCUGGCUACCGGCUUCCUCUCCCUGCCAGUUUCCCGGCAGUCUUGCCCAUCGGGGAGCAGCCCCCCGAAGGGCAGUGGCAACAUCGAGCAGAGGUACAGAUUGCCCGAAAGCUUCAGUGCAUUGCAGACCAGUUCCACCGGCUCCAUGUGCAGCAACACCAGCAGAACCGAAAUCGCGUGUGGUGGCAGAUCCUCCUCUUCCUGCACAACCUUGCUUUGAAUGGAGAAGAGAACAGGAACGGGGCGGGCCCUAGGUGAGGCUGGGCUGCCCUCUUCACAUGGGGCGCCAGGAACACCGUCAGGAAGGACAUCGGGCAGGACUGACACUGUGUCUUGUGAAGUUGUUUUUUUGUGGUUA